UGCUGCCGCCGCCUGGGCCUGAGGGAGCCGGGCCCGGCCCGGACGCUGACUGGAGCCGCCGCCAUGAACAACGUGGGAGGCGCCGACGAGAUCGGAAAGUUGUUUGUGGGUGGCCUAGACUGGAGUACAACACAAGAAACUCUCCGUAGCUACUUUUCCCAAUAUGGAGAAGUUGUAGACUGCGUAAUAAUGAAAGAUAAAACAACAAACCAAUCUCGAGGGUUUGGAUUUGUCAAAUUUAAAGAUCCCAACUGCGUGGGAACAGUACUGGCCAGCAGACCACAUACAUUAGAUGGCCGAAAUAUUGAUCCAAAGCCAUGUACACCUCGGGGAAUGCAACCAGAAAGAACACGGCCAAAGGAGGGAUGGCAGAAAGGACCCAGAAGUGAUAACAGUAAAUCAAAUAAAAUUUUUGUUGGUGGGAUCCCUCACAACUGUGGCGAGACUGAGCUCAGGGAAUACUUCAAGAAAUUCGGAGUGGUCACUGAAGUUGUAAUGAUCUAUGAUGCAGAGAAACAGAGGCCCCGAGGUUUUGGAUUUAUUACUUUCGAGGACGAACAAUCAGUGGACCAGGCUGUCAACAUGCAUUUUCACGACAUCAUGGGCAAAAAAGUGGAGGUAAAACGUGCAGAACCUCGUGAUAGCAAAAGCCAAACCCCAGGGCCACCAGGUGCCAGCCAGUGGGGAAGCCGGAUCAUGCCAAGUGCUGCCAAUGGCUGGGCAGGUCAGCCCCCUCCUACGUGGCAACAAGGAUACAGCCCUCAAGGAAUGUGGGUACCAGCUGGACAGGCAAUUGGUGGGUAUGGACCACCUCCUCCAGGAAGAGGAGCCCCCCCUCCUCCACCACCUUUUACCUCAUACAUAGUUUCUACGCCUCCUGGAGGAUUCCCACCUCCACAAGGGUUUCCACAGGGCUAUGGCACCCCUCCACCAUUUAGUUUUGGAUAUGGUGCUCCACCUCCUCCACCUGACCAGUUUGCCCCUCCUGGAGUACCCCCUCCACCUGCCACUCCUGGGGCAACACCACUAGCUUUCCCACCGCCACCACCACCAUCUCAGGCAACUCAGGACAUGAGCAAACCCCCAACUGCUCAGCCAGAAUUCCCUUAUAGCCAGUUUGGUUAUGGACAAGACUUGAGCGGUUUUGGACAAGGUUUCUCCGACCCCAGCCAGCAGCCCCCCUCCUAUGGAGGCCCCUCGGUGCCACCAUCAAGUGGCCCACCUGCAGGAGGAAGUGGUUUUGGACGAGGACAGAACCAUAAUGUGCAAGGAUUUCACCCCUACAGACGCUAGCACAUGCAGGGAAUCCUGUCCACAGUGGGAUAUCUGGUAGCAGCUGAACCCAGGAAUCCCAGACUUCUGAACUUGUGACAAUCACAUACUUGAUGGAAGAAAAAUCUAACAACAUUGGGGGAGGGGAAUGGGAGGGGGGAUGGCUUUUGAAGGCAACGCUGUGGGUGUUUGGACUGCAGGUUUUAAAUAUAUUCCUUUCUCUAACCCAUCAGCACAAAUAAAGAAAAUGUCACUGGUUCAAACUACAGGGUUUUAAAAAUGUCUUCAGCUUUAAUUCAAAACUUCAGGUUUCUUUUUUUGAAAUUAUUUUUCCUGAGCCUUUGUUUUACCGUAUAUUGUAAACUUUUAUGUUUAAAGAAAAAUAUAUACAUUUACAGAUUGUGAAAUUUUUAAGAGAAAUUUUCUACUAUGUAUGCUGGCUUAUUUUUUAAUUUAAAACAGGGUUUCCGUUAGCAAUGUUGGAAGUGAUGGUCCGUUUCAACCCCUUUACUUCUAACAUAAUGGUGGGGCAGUUGGUCCAGAAACUCUGGGAGUUAAAAGAAGAAAUCUACUGAGUGUAUUUUGCUUUUGUUACCUGACAGUAUAGAACUGGUAACAAUGCAGGUGCAGACUUGUUGAUGCACAGUGUCACUUAUGAAGUACAGCAUUUAGAUCUGUGCUUCAAACUCAUUAAAAUCCUCUGUGGAUUUCAUUAGGGGUUAACGGAGGCCUUGUUAAGAUGUAGAUUUCCCUCAGGCAAAAGGUUUAGGUGCAUUUUGCACUAACCAGUGAUUACCCCUGGUUUGAAUAAAGAGAAGUACAUUUGGAUU